AUGGCACCCUUCAGGGAUACUAUAGUCAAACUCAGGCAUCGAAGCCUACUGAUGCGGCUCAAAUUCUUGAAUCAAGGGCUUCGUAAAAGGUUCUUUGACAGGUGACAAUGUUCCAAUAAUCAUGUUGUUGCAAAUAUGGGUCUACAAAGAAAGACUUUGUUUUUCUGGCAACAUUCGAAGCCCAGCAUCCGUCUGGUAGUAUAAAAUAAGUUGCAUUCGAUCAGCCAUCACCUCUUCUCCUCCACCAUCCAAAUUUGCCCAAGAGAGCUCUCAGGAAACAGUAAAGACAGCAAUAGAAGGCUGCGGUUUCGCGGCCUUGUCUGAUUCAGGCAGGCCUCAAAAGCAAUGGUCUUUCCCUUCAAGCAGCUGAGGCUCUGGGCCUCUCGGAAGCAGAGAGAAGGCAAGAAUAGCGACUCGGACGCCGACUCGCACGAAUGCCACCCCCCGACCAGUUCAGUAUUCCCCAUUUCGUUCCCCACCCCCACAAUCCCUUCCGCCCCCUGUGCCAAUGGUGAGAGCGAAACCCGCGCCUACCUCGCCGGCGACCCCUACGCACUGACAAGCGUCUACCAUGCCCAGGCCGUUGCCGCAGAGAAGUCCCGCAGAGCCACGACCAGGGCUCAUCCUUCCAAUGGGUACUCCAUCCAAGCCAUGGGCCAGGAUGCUACCCUGGCACUGGCAACGCAUCCCGACGACCCGCAAGCGCUGGGUCAGCUUCGGACCCAGAUGGAUGAGGCCGGGCGGUUGAACAAGCAGGGGGGCCUGAAGCUGCCUCGGUUCCACAGAGACACCGGGGGCUUUGUGUCGCUGAGGGACUUGGUCGGAAGGGAGGUCGAUCUAGUGACCAGUCCGACUCAUAGCGCCGCGAGAGGGAGCCUUGUCUCGAGCUUGAUAACCGAGGAUACGAUGGAGGAUGCGGUCGCGGACCCGGACCGACUGCCGCUGAACAUUCCUUCACAGAUCGGCAGUCGGCGAGAUAAUGAGGCGAUCAGGCUCUGCGGGCCGUACGAAGUUUGCAGCACCUCUCCCCUGAAUGUCGACGGUUUCCGUGCGGCUUCAGCUGAUACUCUGCAGGGCGAGGCAGUUGAGGAAGUGGAGGAGGUGGAGGAGGAGUAUGUGCGACCCCCUUCCAGGUGGAGCACAUCCCCCUCUUGCUCGGACAGCGAUAACUCAUGCUCGGGAGAUGAGAUGGACGAUGACGACGACGACGAUGACGGCUUUGGCGACCCUUUCAGCCCGUCUCAACAUAACCUGCGGCAACCACAGAUUGCCUCAGCAACACAAGGAGUUGAUACGUGGAGAAGUCAAGUCCCAAGGAGACCUCCUACCCCGUAUCACAUCGAAGAUGCUGAUGAUAACCCUCAUCCUAGGGCCAGAAACCCCGCCUACGACCCACGUCUCCCAACGGUCUACGCCCGUAUACUCCCCCUCCCCAGCCGGCCCCCGCCCGCACCCCGGCGCCUAACCCGCCCAACAACCCACAUCGGCCCCCGCCUCAGCGGCCCCCUCCGGCAUCGCGUCACGACCGUCCCGCCGGCCCGUGGCCUCCCGAGCCCACAGUCCGCGACGCCCCAGUGGCACUACACCCACCCCGAGGGCCGGGCGCGGCUGUCGCGCAUCAGACGGUACCUCAGCCUGCCCGCCGCCAUGCCGCCCUGCGAGCUGCUCCUGUACCUGCUCAAGCUGGACCGGUCGGUGCGGGCCGCCGCGGCGCGUGCCUGCCCGGCCCUCGACGCCGGGGCCCGCGAGGUCGACUGGGAGGGCGUCGACCGCGAGGUCGUCACCCUGCCGUAUGCCGACGAGCUGGCCUUCCGGUGGGACAUGCGCAUGGUCGCCACCUUCCUGCAGGCCCAGCUGUCGCUUUUCACCUGGGACGCCGAGGACGGCGGCGAUGGUGGCGGAGGGUCGGACCGGGUCGUUGAUGUGCUGCCUCGAUAUGUCGCAGCGGCUGUAGCUGGUGGUGAUGGUGCGGGGGAGGAGCAAGAGCAGCAGCAGCAGCAGGGGGGAGAAGACCUGCGCGAGAAGUUCAGGGUACAGUUCAAGAAGCGGUCUGAGAGCCUGGCCUGCAGACGAGACAGGAGCGAGAGUCCCCGGAAACUGUUCUGGGAGAAGCCUGGGAGAAGCCCACUGGCGAGAACCCUGGUGAGGGAGAGAGAGGACGGCGGUGAGUCUGGCAUUGACCCUUGGGACGGGGGAAACGAAGAAGCAGCAUCUGGAUAAGCAGUAAGUAUUAUGUUUCGUAUUUGUGUGUUUUCGGACUGGCGCAAUGAUAUGUUGGUCCAUAUCGGAAGCUAGGGAGGCGGGGUUAACUUUGAU